GCUCAAGCCGUUCUGGCCCGAGCCCGCUGCUGUCGCUGCCGCGCCGGCCCGCCAGGAAUAGCCCUGUUGGCGGUCGGCAUGGCGGUGCCGGGGGCGCUCGUCCUUGCGGGCACCCCGGAGGGCGCAUCGAGCUCGGUGGCGCUGCCCGACGGAGCCUGGGACAUCCUGGGGCUGGGCAGUUCCGACGACCCAGUGGCGCUCGCCAAGGACUGGCAGGUCAAAAACGGCCAGGUGACGCUGCUGACGGCUGCGGACCACGUCUCCAGCCGGCACGGCGUGGAGGUGGAGAAGGCGGAGGCGCACCGGCACCGAUGGCAGCAGGAGGCGGAGGAGCGCCUGGCCAGGGCCCGGGCCAAAAGGACGCCGGUGGAGAGGGCUGCGGAGGCCGGCGUCGGCGUCAUGAAGCAGGGCAAGUUUGCUUGGAGCAAAGACGGUCAGAGGGCCUUCCACUGGCGGAAGCUCUACCACGCGUUGCUGGGCGACGUCCAGGAGACACGGAGUGGCUUCGUAACGGAGUGCGUCAUCUCUCCUACCGCCAUGCGCCUCUACACGGACCACCGCGUGCUGGGCGCGGUGGUGGUGCCAGGCGUUUCGCACGUCUCGCUGUUCGCCGCCGUUGGCGCGGUGGCGUUGCCCAGCCCAGGCAUGGACUGGCACAUCAACAUCAAGGAGGUACUCUUCGAGCGCCCCUUCAUGAUAAACUCGGGAGCCGAGGUCAUAGCGGCCGUCGACGGCGGGGUGGACCCGCAGGAGGUUGGCGUGCCAGUGGUUUACUGCCGGGCUGGGUCGGUGUCCAAGGUUCCAGGCCCGAUCGUGCCAGCGGCCGAUUGGACCCGGUCAUUGGCAUGACGCCGCCCUGAGGACGGGGCAGAGCGUGCAGUUCUUUUCCUCGUCCUCGUUGUCUUCGUCCUCGUCGCCGUCAUUCUUCUCCUUCCCUUCUUCCUUCUUGUCCCGUCCCCCUCCUCCUCCCUCCCCCUCCUCCUUGUUCCUCCUUGCUCCUCGCUCAUUUCUGCACCCUCGUC